AACACUCGCAAGCAAAUAGAAUAUUUACCCUGCUCGGGCUGGAUCCGGGGCGGGGCGGCAUAUCCGCCCGAUGAUGUCAGGCAGGUGUGUGCUUUACUUUCUCUACAUAGCUUCCCUCUUCCUACCUAGUUACCUGGUAGGAGUUUAAAGCUGGUGACUGCCUAAACAAACUGGGACUGCUUCUCCAUUCAACACAUUCGGAUUGCUCGCGACCAUGGUGUCGCGCCUCUCGAGCAUCAGGCGACCCCUUGCGGCCUCUGCCGCUGUCAUAGCUGCUGUGGUAGGAGGCGGUAUCGUCUACACAAACCGCAACAGCAAGCCCACCUUCGACGCGCCCAUCGCUCCCCUCGAACGCGACCAAAAUGGCCGGAUCAAGCCUCCAUCCUUCCCAGCGAUCAAGACUCGCGCCGAGCUGCUGGCCGAGCUCCGUCGCAACGGCAGGCCCGACACUAGCACCGAGUAUGACCUGCUCGUCAUCGGCGGCGGCGCGACAGGCACGGGCAUCGCCCUCGACGCAGUCACACGGGGCCUCAAGGUCGCCCUCGUCGAGCGCGGCGACUUCUCCUCCGGGACCAGCUCCAAGAGCACCAAGCUGGUGCAUGGCGGCGUGCGGUACCUCGAAAAGGCCGUGUGGAAUCUCGACUACCCGCAACUCCAGCUCGUCAUGGAGGCCCUGCGCGAACGCAAGGUCUUCCUCGACAUUGCGCCGCACUUGUCCAGCUCCCUGCCUAUCCUGCUGCCGCUGCAGCGUUGGUGGCAGACCCCGUAUUUCUGGGCCGGUACCAUGGCCUACGACCUACUUGCCGGAUCCCAGGGACUCGAACGGUCAUACCUCUUGAGCAAGAGCAAGGCUCUCGCCGAGUUCCCCAUGCUUCGCAGAGAUAACCUGAUUGGGGCCCUUGUCUACUACGAUGGCCAGCACAACGAUUCGAGGAUGAAUAUUUCACUUGCACUCACAGCUUCGCUCUACGGUGCCACAAUGGUAAACCAUGUCGAAGUCACGGGCCUGGAAAAAGAUUCGAAUGGUAAAAUCUGCGGCGCAAGGAUACGAGACGCCAUGGCUGGGCUUAACAAGAACGACAACGACGCCGGAGAGUUCAUUGUCCGUGCCAAGGGCGUCAUCAACGCCACGGGCCCCUUUGUCGAUGCGAUAGAGCAGAUGGACGACCCUUCUCGCAAGGCAAUUGUGGCCCCUGCCUCCGGUACUCACGUCAUGCUCCCCAAAAACAUAUGUCCCAACGGCAUGGGCAUGCUCGACGCGGCCACCUCCGACGGACGCGUCAUCUUCGUUCUUCCCUGGCAGGGAUCUACCCUCGCUGGUACGACGGAUAACCCUUGUGCCAUUGAGCGAGAGCCGACUACGCGCCAGGACGACGUGGACUUCAUCUUGAAGGAGGUCAGCAAGCUUCUGGCGCCUGAGCAUGCGGUUACGCGAGCCGAUGUCCUCGCGACCUGGACUGGUAUCCGCCCCCUUGUCAAAGACCCCCGGGCAGAGAACACAGAGUCCCUCGUCCGCAGCCACCUCAUCACCGUUUCCCCCUCGGGCCUCCUCACCUGCGCCGGCGGCAAAUGGACCACCUACCGCCAGAUGGCCGAAGACGCAGUCGACCAAGCAAUCAAGACCUUCAACCUCACCCCGCACGCCAUCUCCCUCCCCGACAUCAGCGGCGCCGGCCUCCCGCCCACCACCACCACCGGAGCCUGCCGCACCCGCCACACCCCGCUCCUCGGCGCGCACGGCUACUCACCGGCCCUGCCCUCGCAGCUGAUGGAAUCCCACCCGGCCCUCGACGCCGAGGUGGCCCAGCACCUGGCCACCAACUACGGCGACCGCGCGUGGGCGGUCCUCCUCACCGAAACCGACGCGACUCGCCGCCUCGUCCCAUCCUCCCCCAUCACCGAGGCCGAGAUCUACCACGCCGUCCGCGCCGAGGCGGCCUGCACGGCCGCGGACGUGGUGGCGCGGCGCACGCGCCUGGCGUUUCUGGACGUCGAGGGCGCGCUGAGGGCGCUGCCGCGGGUGAUCGAGGUGAUGGGCGGGGAGCUGGGGUGGGAUGAGGAGAGGAGGCGGGGAGAGUGGACUGAGACGAUCCCAGCGUCGAAUCGCUGGCUCUAGGGUUGGGAAUCCAAACAUUUUAAGCAGAGGCUACAUCGCUUGUUUCAGGUGUAAAUUAUUUGAGACACUUGAGGUGACAAGACCUUCGUUCUGCACGUAGAGUGACAUAUAGGUACGUG